AUGCACAAAGGAGGUUUCCCUGUGGAGCAAAACAACUGCCCCACAAAAUGGCUACCACGCAAAGCCUUUGUCGGCAGCGCUCUUUCGGGCUGCACCCUUGUUGACGCCGUGCCGCACUUUCCCACUCUUUUUGCGCCCAACCUCCGCGUUUGUGCUCUGGUGACUGGGUUUGCACCGAGUGAAGCCGAGCUGAGCCUUGCACCAGGAGCUCGAGUGGAGAGGAUCGCUAGCAGCCACCAUACGUACAGCAAACCGAAGUUUGAAAAACACUACAAUUUCAAGAUGGCGGCGGCCAUGCCAGAGAGCAUGGACAUGAUGGAGAGUGUGGACGCAACGGAAUCGGCCGAAUGUUCAACGGCUCCAGCGGGAANUCAGUCAACACGG